AUGGCUACGGCAAGCGACAAAGCCCGCUUCUACUUGGAGCAGCUUGUGCCGGAGUUUAAAGAAUAUGAGAAGAAAAGGAUAUUUUCAAAGGACGAAAUUGCCGCCAUCCUAAAAAGGAGAUCCAACUUCGAGCACAGAAUCAAUGCUACAGGUCCCAAACCUUCAGAUUACGCCCGAUAUGCCGAGUACGAAAUGAACUUAGAUACGUUACGUCGAAAGCGGAUAAAAAGACUCGGCAUCACAUCCGCCGCCCACUCGGGACAGAGACGGGUAUUUUUCAUCCUGGACCGUGCAACGAAGAAAUUCCACGGCGACAUCAGUUUAUGGAUGCAAUACAUUGGAUAUGCCCGGCGGCAGAAAGCGUAUAAGAAGCUAGCACAGAUCUUAGUGGAUGCGCUACGACUACACCCGACCUGUGUCGAGCUGUGGAUAUACGCAGCUCGCUACGCGCUGGAGGACCACAGCGACAUGACGCAGGCGCGCACUUAUAUGCAGCGGGGACUGAGGUUUUGCAGGAGUUCGAAGAUGCUCUGGGUGCAGUAUGCCAAGCUGGAGAUGAUAUAUAUCACGAAGAUUGCCACCAGGCAACAGAUUCUUGGAUUGGAUGGGUCGAGGAAAGCACCCGCCGUUGAUGAUGCGAUUACAGAUCCAAAUGCGGACGUCAUUGCGCUUCCUGUUGUGACGGAGGAAGAUAUCAAUCCAAGCCUUGGGGAAGAUAAUGGGGUGGACGAGGCUGCGCUUGAAAAUCUCAACGCAACACCUGCGCUGACGGGGGCUAUUCCCAUUGCGGUCUUUGAUGCCGCUAUGAGACAAUUUGGCAACGAUGUUGGUGUUGCCCAUGACUUCUACACCAUGGUCGCUGAAUUUACAAAGUCUCCUUGCCUGGGCAGGGUGCUGGGUCAUAUUGUCGAAUCGAUGAUGGAGAACAAUGCGGAAAAGCCUGGGGCGCAGAUAUGUUACGUUAUUUUCCCUACUGCUGGUAUUGAAGUAACCUCUGCGCAAUUCCCACGUGCAUUCGGUACGAGUCUCAGUCGACUAAAAGAGUGUACGAGUCGGAACCAUGCCGGUAACCAAAAAAGCCUUGCAAGGAAGGUUAUCCAGUGGCUUCAACCAUUGAAUGCCACGGAGGGCCUCGACCCAGCUCUCUAUAAGGUGAUGGCAGCCACAUUACGGAAUGCCGAAAGCUCCUUGAGCUAA